GGCAGCUCCUGACACAUCUCAUCCCAGCUUGUCUCUAAAGCCAAUCCACAGCUGGUUAUGGAACUAAUUGGUGUUGCUCUCGGAACCUAUUCUAACGAAAUUCUUUGGACUAUGAUUCAAUUACACCUCGAGACCGAAGACGAAAGCUCAUUCAACGAACUCUGUGACUGUGAGAGGACUAUCAUGGGACCUCACGGCAUCAACCGGGCCAUCGAGAGAUUGGAGUUCUGUGACUGCAAGAAAGGACUGGGGUUGAAAAUCAUAGGUGGCUACAGAGAUCAAACACAGGAAGAGUUUGGGAUCUUCAUCAAGCGGGUGUUACCGGGAGGUCUGGCUGCUCAGGAUGGACGGCUUAGAACGGGCGACCUCGUUUUGGAAGUCAAUAAUAUGAGUUUAGGUGGACGAGUAACCAACGAGAGGGCGGUUGAUAUCCUCCGAUCAGCGUCAGCCUCCAAUCACAUGUCUCUGAUGGUUGCCAGGGACGAUGAAAGCAGGCGGGAGUUCAUAGAGUUGAUGAAUAAGUAUGGUUCUCAAAGCAGUUUUAAAGGAAGCUCAGGGAGAGUCUCCCCUACACAGCUGUCUACAGGAGGCAAGACAGACACGGCCUCCUCCUCUUCCUCCUCCAGAUCUACCAGUCCCACCAGCCAGCUCCUCAGCCCUAAAGAGGGGGUCACAGGACCCCCUUACACCCCUGGACCCCUCUAUACCACUGGGCCCCCUACACAUCAAACCCUAACACAACCCCUACACAGCACGUCUUCAACAAGUAAGUUCUCUCUCGACAGCGUCAUUCAGUUGAUAUGCAUCUCAAAGGGAACAGGCCUGGGCCUCAUCAUAAAAGGUGGAGCUAACCGAACCGAGGGACCAAUGGUGUUGAUUCAGGAAAUAAUACCUGGAGGAGACUGCCAGAGGGACGGUAGACUACAGCCAGGAGAUCAGCUGGUGUCGAUUAAUAAGGAGUCGUUAGUUGGAGUGACCUAUGAGGAGGCUAGAAGUAUCCUGACAUGCACCAAACUCAGACCAGACCCUACGGUGGAGAUAGCGUUUAUGAGACACAGGUCUUCCUCCAGCUCUGCUUCCUCCAGCAGUGGCCCCCAGAGCCCUAUCACCCCCCAGGGCCCAGUCAGCGGAGCCCCCGCAGUGCCCCCCAUCAGGAGAGAGACCAUGGCUGUGCUGGGGGCCCUGCCUCCCCCUGCAUCACUGCUCCAGCACAGGAGAACCACACUCCCUGCAGCCCUCCCUGGGGUUCCCCUGGUGGUGCCCAAGAUCACCUCCACCCCCAACCCCGCCAGCGAGACCCUGCCAUCUGUCAACCUUAGCCAAGUUAGAGACAGAACAGGCGUGUGUCUCCUCCCCCGUCAGAGUCCCAGCACCACAGAUGCCAAGCCUGAAUCCUACCCUGCCUGUCAGCCAAACAGCAUCCAGCAAACACCACACAGGAAGUGCUCCCUCAGCUCCAUCAGUCGCCUCAAACUGGAGAGGCUGGAGCAGGCUCUGGAUGCAUUAGGACUGAAUCCUACGGAGGCACAGAGACAGACGUUGAGGGCCAGACUGCGAACAGACCCUGCUGGGACCGUGGCCUACGCAGACUUUGAGACACUGACACGGGAGCUGUUCACGCUUCAGUUUGAGGAGUCAGGGGCCGGAGGUCAAGGCUCCAGGUUCGUGUCCGAUGACCUCUCCAGUCUCCUAGAGUCACCUACCAACACGCCUUCACUGUCUGACUCUGAUGACCUGGAGGAGAUGGAGAGACUGAGGAAAGACCACAUCGAGGCUCUGAGAGAGAUCAAGAAACUACAGGAGCAGUUGGCAGAGUCAGAGAGAUUUCACCUGCAGAUGCAGGAAGAGCUGAACAUGGUCAAACAGGAGGUAAAGUCUGGGACGGAUGAGAGCCGUGCUCUGCGGAGCCGGAUCCACCUGGCUGUAGCAGCCCAGAAGCAGGCCAGGGGGAUGGAGAUGGAUUAUGAGGAGGUGAUCCAUCUCCUGGAGGCUGAGAUAGCCGAGCUCAAGGCCCAGAGGAACGAACAGCAGCAGCCCGGCCAGGCUAAGGAUGAGGUGGAGGAGCUGAAGAAGAGAGUGGCCGUUCUGGAGUGUCAACUACGUAAGAACGAGGGGGCCAAAAAGGGCUUUGAGGUGUCCAUGGGAAAACUGCUCAACUUCGUGGAGAAUGUUCAAGACUUCCUCAUUGAAAACCAAGGUCCCGUGAAGAGCUGUAGCUCUGGUGACAUGAAGCCCGGCGCUUCCUCUCAACCCCUGGGAGCCCGCGUGGGGAAGAAGUCCCAGUGGACGACGGCUACGCUAGCUGCAGAGGCUAAAGAACUCACACGGACUGUUAGAGCCAUCCUCGAGGUGGGCUGUAAGUGAUCUAUCAUCUUGACUCGUCGUGUUACGAGUUGACCUGCUGCAUGCCUGCAUAUCGUCUCUAUCCCUGGCCUAGCAUGCAAAUCCAAUCAGCUCAACAAUCACCACCGUAGUUUUGAAACCAACCUAAACGAACUGGAUAACAGACACAAAACCAACCACAUCACCUCAAUAGUUACUAUGCCAACCAAAACCAACCGCAUAACCGACAUCAAACCACCUAGUUGCUAAGCCAAGUUAAACCAACCGGAUAACCAAAACCAAUCAGCUCAUCAUACACCAAGCCAACCUCCAUAGUUACCAAGCCAACCAAAACCAACUGGAAAACCGACACCAACCCACCUCUGUAGUUACUAUACACAUAAUCUCAAUAGUUGUUUUUUAUUGGAGCAGCCUGUAAGGAAAUGAAGGACAUCCUUGCACUGGAGUAUUUGACAGCAGAAUUAAAGACAAUACAGCAGCUAAGCAACCUCGAGAUGUUCAGCCUCUGUGUCCAGUGGAGUUGAAUGGACAUGGGACUGAGAGUUAAGCAACCUCGAGAUGUUCAGCCUCUGAGUCCAGUGGAGUUGAAUGGACCAGGGACUGAGAGUUAAGCAACCUCGAGAUGUUCAGCCUCUGUGUCCAGUGGAGUUGAAUGGACCAGGGACUGAGUGUUAAGCAACCUUGAGAUGUUCAGCCUCUGUGUCCAGUGGAGUUGAAUGGACCAGGGACUGAGAGUUAAGCAACCUCGAGAUGUUCAGCCUCUGUGUCCAGUGGAGUUGAAUGGACCAGGGACUGAGUGUUAAGCAACCUUGAGAUGUUCAGCCUCUGUGUCCAGUGGAGUUGAAUGGACCAGGGACUGAGAGUUAAGCAACCUCGAGAUGUUCAGCCUCUGUGUCCAGUGGAGUAGAAUGAACCAGGGAUUGAGUGUUAAGCAACCUCGAGAUGUUCAGCUUCUGUCCAGUGGAGUUGAAUGGACCAGGGACUGAGUGUUAAGCAACCUCGAUGUUCAGCCUCUGUGUCCAGUGGAGUUGAAUGGACCAGGGACUGAGUGUUAAGCAACCUCAAUGUUCAGCUUCUGUCCAGUGGAGUUGUGUUCCAUCCAUAUUUACUCAAGUUUUCUCUGUAGUCAUCGUCUAGUGGAUGGACACACUGAUCUUUCAUGCAACAUGAAAUGCAAUGCAAUGUUCUACUUCCUAUAGAUAUGUUUGUAUAAGUGUAUCUAGAAAUGUACAAUAAGACCUUAGUCAAUACAAAACAUCAUCAUACAUACACCUGUGAUCAAGUUAGUAGCUAACCAUCAGUGUUGGGGAGUAAAUCAAAUAAAAGUGUGUUGGUCACGUACACAGUUUAGCAGGUGUAAUAGCUGUGCAGCGAAAUGCUUAUGUUGCUAACUCCUAGCAAUGUAGUCAAAUCUCAAGCAAUUACAAUGUAAAAAAAAAAACAUUGUAAAGAAAAAUACAAAAAAGAAUGGAAGGACGAAUCCAAUUAACAACCCAAAUAGCAAUGUAGUAGUAUCAAAAUGGAAUCUUUACCUACAGUAUGUACACCGGGGGAAUUUACACCAGAUCAACUAAGAAUGUACAGCAGUAAACACAAUAUAUAGUGAACUAUGUCAAGAAUCAAGAAAAUAAAUAAAUAUGUGGUGCGAAUAAUCAGUGUAACUAAAAUACAAUGUGCAGAUGUAGAAAUAUUCGAAUAAGCUAUGUUGAGGAUACAGUAUUGAAAUACACAGUUAAAACGGGAAGUGACCAGUGGUUGGUUCAAUGUCUCUAUAACAUGAUACAGCAGCGUUGGCUGUGCGUGUGUGUGUCGAUGUGACUGAGGUCCUUGAUGAUCUUCUUAGACUUCCUUUGACACCGAGUGUGGUAAAUGUCCUGGAGGUCAGGCAGCGUGGCCCCUGUGAUGUGUUGGGCUGUCCGCACCGCCCUCUGGAGAGCUAAGCGGUUGAGGGCGGAGCAGUUGCCAUACCAGGCAGUGAUGCAGCUAGACAGAAUGCUCUCAA